AUGCAAGCUUUCCUUACAAUGGAUCGCUUCUCGGCCCGUUUCCUGAAGCCCGUUGAGGGCGUUCCUCUUACUGAGGGCGCAGAGAAGAAACAGAAGCGUGAUGCGGCUCUGAUUGAGAGUCAGCGGAAGUCCUUGAAGGCGUUGCGCACGAAAAGGGCUGCCACACGUCAUGCUCUCAAGCUGCGUACGUACAAGUACAUGAAGGAGUAUAGGCGUGCGCGCGAGGAUCUCAUUAAGAACAAGCGGGAGGCUCGUGCUAAGGGUGGUUUUUACAGGGAACCCGAGCCGAAGGUGGUGUUCUGCGUCCGUAUCAAGGGUAUCAACAAGCUUGCCCCUAAGCCCCGCAUGAUUCUGCAGUUGUUCCGUCUGCGCCAGCUGCACAAUGGCGUCUUCAUUCGUGUGAACAAAGCCACGCAGGAAAUGCUGCAAGCAGUCCAGCCCUUCAUCACCUACGGGUAUCCCAGCCUGUCGACCGUCCGCAAACUGAUCUACAAGCGCGGCUAUGCCAAGGUAGGCGAGCCUGGAUCCAAGCAGCGCAUUCGCCUGCAGAACAACGACAUCAUUGAGAAACACUUGGGCAAGUAUGGCAUUCAUGGCAUUGAGGAUCUGGUUCAUGAGAUCUACACCUGUGGCCCCGCGUUCAAGCAGGCCAAUGCUUUCCUCUGGACAUUCAAGCUCUCUUCCCCACGGAAAGGCUUCAAGUGCAAACGCCAUGGCUUCUGCGAGCCUCGUGCUGGUGACUGGGGAAACCGCAAGCAUCUUAUCAACGAGCUCAUUGAGCGGAUGUGCUAA